CUGGCUACCAACAAUACCUUACAGAUGCCUUCAGCAGCCAUUAACGGGCUUCUGGAAUUGUCAGCUUUCUCUUUAAAAUAAAACCACGUCGCACAAGAGGAGCUACGGCUCAAGGGAAAAACUCUGUUCAAAAGGUAGAAAACCCUGAAUGGACUUUGCGGAAAGAAUUUUCGAAGACGCUCCUGUCCAACUGUUGCAAGCUCCCUCCAAUCAGAAGAAAUUAAUUUAAGGAAUCUUAGAAAACAGAAUGGAUUGAUUCAUACCAUCUAUAAUGCUCUACUCCCAAGUCAGCAGGAUAAGGAAGGCUUGUCUCUCUUUUUUAUAGAAUGUGUGACAGGCUGAAAAACUGAAUAUGCUGGAAUAAGCCAUCACUUCAAGCCAAACCCAUCCACAGCUUCCUUGGUUUCAAAUAUUCCUUUCAACAAGUACAACAAAAUGCCAUUCUUCGGUUGGAUGAAGUGGCCCAAAAAUUACUCCUACAAAAAUGGGCAAUACCCUGGUUCAGAAGUCGUGACAAACACACUCUUGAGGGAGCUGAAGUGGCAUUUGAAAGAACGUGAACGCCUGAUACAGGAGAUAGAAAAUGAGCAAAGAGUGCAGAAGACUGGUGUGGAUUAUAACUGGCUGAAGAGCUACCAAACCCCUCAGAUAACUAUCCCAGCCACCGAACAAAGACAACUUGAAGUUCUUUGCUCCCAGAUCCAACCAGGUCAAACUGGGAUCAUUCUCAGCAGGUUUCGAGAGGUUUUGGCAGAAAAUGACGUUUUACCUUGGGAAAUUGUUUACAUCUUCAAGCAAGUGUUAAAGGAGUUCUUAAACAAUCUUGAGAAGGAAGCUCCACAGGACCACACGGACGUUUGGAAUACAAAUUGUGCAGUACACUUCACAACACCGGGCGACAAUUCCAGCAAAACAGAUAAAGAAGAGAUCCCAACAGUAUCCAGUUAUGUUGACAAAAAUACACAGGGCAUGUUUCCAAUGUUCUCCCACAGAAUCUGGAACCUUCCCUAUUACCACCCAUCAGGUUAAAUGUGUCCACUUUCCUCCACUUUAUUUCCCUUGGCUAUGACUUUCCUGUGAAGAUUCAAAACUCCCAAGAAAUCAAAAAAUUAUUAUUGCCCUCCUGCUGUUCCUCAUGAUUGCAAGUUCAGCAUUUUAAACUUCUUACAACUCGCAUAUAAUUUACAAUAUUUAGAUAGUAGUUGUAGGUUUUUCGGGCUGUUUGGGCAUGUCCUGGAGGAAAAAAAAAUUCAAACAGCAACAUAACAAAGGAGAGAAACGCUAUCAAGUCUCUAAACUCAGAUCCUGACAUCAUCAUUCUGCCAGCAAAGGCCAUGCCUCCAGAAGACAGCCAAACAGCCCGAAAAACCUACAAAAAUCAUCGGAUCCCGGACAUGAAAGCCUUCAAGAAUACAAUAUUUAGAUAUUUAGAAUGAGAACUUCCUCCUAUUGUUUCACUAACUAAUGUUAUUGUGUAGAAGAAUCUUCUAACCAAAAGCACAUUGUAGCAGACCUUUUUAAUGAUAGGCUUAAAAUCUGUUGUUUGUAUUUUCCUGUUAUGCAUGCAAUGUAUCA